AUGGAGCGCUCCGAUGAGCCCAGCUUUAAGCCCCGCAGGCCAGGUGGCAUCGGCAGCAACUUCAUCAAGGCCAAGCAGAAGGAAGAGGCCGGCGAGCACAAUAGUCGCAAGGUGGCGAUCCGAUGGCUUACGGGGACCUAUGUCUCCAACUUCAUGGCUCUCGUGGUUCUCUUCGACUCCUAUUGUACUUGCGCUGACAUAGAUGCAAGGGCGAUCGGCGAAGAUGCGCCUGCGGUGUUGAUGCUUCUUUCAGAUGUUUGUCUGGCUCUCUACACGCUGGAGCUUGUACUGCUCGUACUCCUCAAGGGCUUUGGCAUAUUUGCCAAGGACACCUUUCUCAUCUCGGAUGCAGUAGUAAUUCUCUGCGGCUUUGUUGAAUUGAUUAUCAGCAACACCAUGAACGCCGACAAUCUCGCUGGCUUCAACCUAUUGCGAACACUUCGGUUUGCACGCAUCAUCCGACUCCUGCGGCUGCUUCGGAAGACGCGGAGCUUGCGAGAGCUUCAGAAGCUCGUAACGAUGAUGGCGACCUGCUUGAAAGCUCUCGCAUGGUCAUUCCUUUUCUGCUUCGUCAUAAUGACGAUAUGGGCCAUGCUGAUGGUUGAGGUUGUGUGCCUCGGCUGA